UUUUGUAAAUUUAAAAAUGCCAAUAAGUUGUAGAUUUCAUCAUUUUAAGACGAUGUUUUAAUCCAUUUUCGUAAUUAUGUUUACUGAAAUUUUGCGCCUUGACGCACUAAUGAGCCACCGCAGCCACCUUGUAGGAAUGUCACAAUAAAUCUCUGGAAAUUGAUUUUCUAUCUGCAUCGCAACCAAACAGAAGAGAGAGAGAGUUUCCAUCAACUUAAGUAGAAUUUCAGGUUAAGUAUUCAAAAAUGUAAAUAAUACUCUCGAAGAUAAGAAUUGAAAUAAGUAUGGAUAUCUUGAAAAUUGUUUCAAUUGUGGCCUUAAUUCUUGGCGCCCUGUGUGAAAUAAACAGCUCUCAAACCCUGACGCCGAAAAACAGAGGAAGCAAAAAGAAGCCAGACCAAAAACCGAAGAAAAAGCUGACCAAAGCGAUGAAAGGGCCCCAAAAGUCGACAGUUUUUGAUAAAGGUCUUGUGGUCGAAGACGCCAAAGCCAAAGACAUUCUAGCUAAUUAUCAGGCGUUUUUCACUGAAACCGACGACUUCAAUUUUAAUGGCAUGGUUCUGGGCUAUGUAACGCCGUGGAAUAACCAUGGGUAUGAUGUGGCCAAGAUUUUCGGCAAUAAGUUCACCCACAUAAGUCCAGUCUGGCUGCAAAUACGCAGAACAGGUCCAAGGAAAUAUGAAGUUACAGGAACACACGACAUUGAUAAGCAAUGGGUUAUUGAUGUAAAAAACGCUGGCAGGGAACGAAAAACCAAAGUUGUUCCACGGGUUCUCUUUGAAGGCUGGACCGCUGCAGAUUAUCAAGCACUCUUCAGCGAUCCUGAGGAAGCAGCAACAUUGACUGAAACUUUAGUACAAUCUUGCCAAAAAAACAAAUUCGAUGGUUUUGUUCUCGAAGUUUGGUCCCAAAUUGCUGGAGCUGUAAAUUCGGAAAUCCUAGUUGAGCUCAUUCGUUCAAUAGGCAUUGGGUUUGCGCAGAAUAAGUUAGACUUCAUUCUCGUUAUACCUCCAAGGAGAAGCCAGAGGAGUUUAUUUUCUGAAAAGGAAUUUGACGCUCUUUAUGAGUUUGUCACCGCUUUCUCCUUGAUGACUUACGAUUUCUCGCAUCCGGAAAUGCCAGGACCAAAUGCUCCCUUGGGAUGGGUACAAGAGUGCGUUACUGCCCUAACUGCAAACGAAACUAGAAGAGCCAAAAUUUUGAUGGGUCUUAACUUCUACGGGAACGAUUAUCUAACUAAAGGGGGCGGCGGGCAUAUUCUGGGACAUGAACUUGUCGACCGGUUAAAAAAGGUUCCUGAUGCCACUCUUACAUAUGAUGAAAUCUAUGGAGAGCAUUAUUUUGAGUAUCGGGAUGACAAUGAAGUGACUCACAUCGUGUACUACCCUACAUUGUUUUCUAUUUUUGCCAGACUGGAUUUGGCUUUUAAUCUGAAGGUGGGGCUUUCGAUAUGGGAAAUAGGCCAGGGCCUGGAUUAUUUUUACGAUUUGCUUUAACGUUUCCAAACUAUUUAUAUCUGUGAUCGCAAUAUUUAAUUCAUGAGUU